AUGUCCAACGAUCUUCUCGAUGAUCCCAUGGAUACAGGAGCGCCGGUACGUUCAUUUUUAGUGUAAAAUCGAAUAAAGCCACUCAAAAAUCAAGUUAUCAUCAAAAGAAAUCAGAAAAAUCCGUGGUUUUUGUUAAAUUUUCAAGGUUCUCGAAAUUUUGUGCAGAGAAGCUGUUAUUGAACGAAAUUCAUAUGUUUUGUCGGGUUUCAGGCGGGAGCACUUCCAGCAGCUCCGCCAAUGGAGCAAGCGGGCGAAGAGCCGCAGCCGCAGCCGCCGCGAAUCGAGGAGGACCGGGAGGCGGACGCGGGGAAACAGCGAGUUCCGAUCGAUAUGAACACGUUGGCGGCGGAUCUGAUCGCCGGCCAGACUGCCUCAAACAUCCGGAUGGAGGAGAAGAGGGACCGCGAGGCGUUCGACGAGGCCUACGAUUUGAACGUUUCCGAGCCGGCCGUCGAUCUCGAGGCUCUCGCCUGUUUCUACGAGGGCGACGCCUUCUUUCUCAGGUUUGUCCUUUUUACGCGAAUUUUCACGAUGAUUUCCGACUUUUUAAGCUCACGAAUGAUCGAUUUGAGAAUAUUUACUACGAAAAUACUCGGAUUUUUGUACUUUUCAAUUCAGAUGCCGUUUCGUGGCGAAACAUUGUACGGCUCUGCGAGCGGACGCGUACAUUUCGCUCAUCAAUUAUCUGAAGGAAGAAACGAAGGACAUCGGUCACUACAUAGCUUUUUUCAACGAACUCGACACCGAAUUGGGCCGAGAAAGGACGUACGUCAGCCUGUCUGCGCCCCUGAAGGAUCACAAGUGGGUCGAGGAAACGGGCAUCGGCUGGCAGACACGACUUGACGCUCUUCAGGUCAGCAAAUAACCCAUUCACGAUAAAAAACUACUAGUUUUGCUGACAUUCAAAAAAUCCUCCGUUGCAGUUAGAAUACAAGCGCCACAAGGACGAAGGAGUGAAAGAGUCGACGCGCCGAGCGAUGGAGGACCUCUUUCAGCACUAUUUGAUCGCCGGACGGGUUGAAGAGGCGAUCCGAUUGUAUUCGAGAGGAAUCAGGGACUACUGCACCCAACUCAAACACUCCAUCAAUGUGAGAAUGCCUUCGACUGGCUUCGAGGCUCGAGAAUGCUCGAGAAUGCUCGAGAAUGCUCGAGAGCUCGAGAGAGGCUCGAGAAUGGCUUCGACUCUUGGACCACUUUUAAUAGCCCGAUCGGUCCCAAGCUUUGCAGGCUUAUUGGACUUGGAUUAAUGUAUUUCGGGACCAAAUUUCAGAUCCAUUCGAUUAUCUGGUCCCGAGAUAUACUGAUUUAUCGAAAAUCCCAGAUUUUUGGUCCGGAUCAGUCUGAAUCUUGGACCCAAAACACUUCAAUCCAAGUCCAAGAAGCCUGCAACGAUUGAGCCCGAUUGGAUUAUUGCAAGUGGGUCAACGGUCCAGUCCUCAAAAGCCUUCGACAAGCCUGAGAUGCCUUUUGCCUGGAAAUGUUACAUUUUUACGAUUUGUUUAUGAAGCUGAUCGAAUCAAAAUGAAUUUUACUUCAAUUCAGAUGUGGCUGAACUGGAUCGAAGUCUCAAUUAUGGCCAACGACUGGAACCGUCUCGAAAGUAUCACUAACACGGCCCACCGAUCUCUUAAAGACGCCGAUGACGCCGAAAAAGUUGGUGUCAAUCCGAAUCCCCAAAUUUGGUGUAGUUUACUGGAAACUUCGAAAAAAAACUAUAUCAUCUCGCAAAAUUGUCAGUUUUUCGAAUUUCAGACGUUCUCGGCAGUGUUCGUCAGAAAUUGCGCAAGCUUUUCACAGUUUCCAAGAGAACUUUCCGCAAAAAUUGCAUCUAGUGCCAAAAAUCAUAAAAUUUUCGCGAAUUCCAGGCGUCGCACACCCAGCAGCAGCAACGUGGCGAGAAUGCGACGUACAUGCUGGAGCCGCCGGCGCAAGGCGCGCCGAGCAUGACGAACCGGCAGCUGAUCGAGACGGCGCUGGCGAAAGUGCUGACUGCGCAGGUGCUGCUCAAACUGAGGAACGGACGGUACGCGCAAGUGGCCACCGACGUGCUGCUAAUCAAAACGGAACACUUGCAAGCCAAGUGGUUCGUCACCGCCUCGGAUCUGGGCAUCUACGCGAUGCUGUGUGCGAUGGCGACGAUGGAGAGGGCCAAGUUGCGGGCGGCGGUCAGCGGAAACGGCGCCUUCCGGAGACUUCUCGAGUCGGAGCCACAUUUCAUCGAACUGCUCAAUUCGUACACGUCCAGCCGCUUCGGACGAUGCUUCGAGAUUAUGUACGCCGUCAAGAAUCGGGUAAUCUUUGCUGCUCUUUUGCCAACUUUUGCCAACUUUUCAAAUGCAUUCGAAAAACGACUAUUUUUCAGCUGCUGCUGGAUCCGUUCAUGUCUCGCAACGUGGACACUUUGUUCACGAUGAUCCGUCGCAAGUGCGUGGUGCAGUACCUGCAGCCGUAUUCCUCGGUCAAGCUGGAGACGAUGUGUGCCGCUCUGGGCACGACCGUUCAGGAAUUGCAGCUCUCUCUUCUGGAUUUGUGCGAGAGCAAGAGCAUUUCGCUGCGAAUCGACCAGAGCGUAGGAGUGAUCCGCAUGAUCGACGAGACCGACGAGGCGACCACGCUGAGAAGGUCUACUCUUACUUACUUGAUUUUAUUUGUAAAAAUGUAGAGCUGAGAAAAAACCGGUCUAUUGGAUCUCUUACAAUAUUCCGAUCGGACCUAAACUUUGCAGGCUUCUUGGACUUGGAUUAAAGUUUUAUGGGCUCAAGUUUCAGACCGAUCCGGUUAUCUGAUCUCGAGAUAUAUUGACUUAGGGCAAAAGACAGAGUUUUCCGGAUAAUCCGAUCGAUCUGAAACUUGGACCCAAAAAGCUUUGAUCCAAGUCCAAGAAGACUGCAAUAGGUGUUUUGAGUUGAGUUCGGGACAGGCGAGUGGGAGGGGCCUGGCUUGGAUAAAUUUUCCGACAUUUUUCCUACUUUCAGAGUAAACGAAACGUGUGAUCGUGCAAUUUUGCGCGCCAGAUCACUUUUGUGGAAGACCACUUUGGCGAGUGCGAACAUUCAUUCGAUUGUCGAUAAGGAGACGAGACAGAAGAGAAAACAGCAUGGUGAGCCGCAAUUUGUGAUUACAGUUGUGCUAGAAGAAUGAUGUUUUUGUAGGUCGUGACCGCAUGGGAUUGGACGAGGACGAACUGAUCGCGGUGAACGAGAUGCGACGCGGCGCGCAUCAGCGAAUCGAAGGAUCCUCGUCGACGACCUCGACCGCCGCGCCCAUUUCCGACGACUUUGCCGUGUUCGAGUCGGUCGAGCAAGUGCCGUUCGACGAGGAUCUCGGCGAUAUUUGA